AGAGAGAGAGAGAGAGAGAGAGAGAGAGAGAGAGAGAGAGAGAGAGAGAGAGAGAGAGAGAGCACAAGACAGAGUGCACACAUUGCCGAUGAAAUCGCUUAACCUCUGUGUUUUCUGCCUUGCAAAUGGGGAAGUAGAAACGAAGCCUGCUUUCGGAGUUUCAGUGUGGCAGAAGCUGUCAUAAGCGCAAUUUCAGAUCUUUAGAUCGUAAGGGUUAAGGCAAAGUAGCUGCUUGCGCUUACUGAAAACGAUGGAGUACUGGAGACAAUGCGCCUCAUGGUUGAUCAACUGCAAGGUGCUCCCACCGAACCAUCGGGUAACAUGGGAAUCGGCACAGGUAUUCGACCUUGCCCAGACUCUGCGGGACGGGGUGCUUCUGUGUCAGCUUCUCAACAACCUGCAAGCACAGACCAUCAACCUAAAAGAGAUCAACCUUAGGCCACAGCUGUCACAGUUCCUUUGCUUGAAGAACAUCAGGACAUUUUUGUGUGCUUGCUUGGAGGUCUUCGGAAUGAGGAAGAGUGACUUGUUCGAACCCUUUGACCUGUUCGAUGUAAGGGAUUUUGGCAAGGUUAUGGACACACUGUCCAAACUUUCAAACACAACAGCUGCACAACAAACUGGAAUAAGGCCAUUUCCAACAGAAGAAAGCGUAGAGGAUGAGGACAUCUAUAAUCACCUGGAGGACCUAAUAGAUGAGAAUGGUGUGGAUGAUGAGGAAGACCUGUAUGACUGUGUAUAUGAUGAUGAUGGUGGGGAGGUGUAUGAAGACCUGAUGAAAGCAGAAGCAGUACCUCCACCGAAGCAAGCUGAGAUGGACAUCAGGUUCUGUUGUCUGGCUGAGAUCAGACAGACAGAGGAGAAGUACACCGAGACACUGGAGUCUAUAGAGAGAUGCUUCUUAAGGCCUCUGGAGCAGUUUCUGAGCCCUGUGGAGAUCGAGAAGGUCUUCGUCAACAUUCCUGAACUUGUGAAAGUGCACAAAGGCCUUCUGCAGGACCUCCAGAACUCUAUCAGUCACCAAAGUGCCAGCAACCUCUUCCAGGUCUUCAUUGAUUACAAGGAGAGGUUACUCAUCUAUGGGGAAUACUGCAGCCAUGUAGAAACAGCCAUUGCUUGUCUGGAUAACAUCUGUAAGGAUAAAGAGGAUGUGAGGCAGAAAUUAGAGGUCUGUUCUAAAAGAGCAAAUAAUGGGAAGUUUACGUUAAGAGACCUCCUCGUCGUUCCAAUGCAGAGAGUCCUAAAGUAUCAUCUUCUCCUACAGGAAUUAGUGAAACACACUCAUGAUAGCACAGAGAAGAGCAACCUGCGCAGAGCCCUGGAUGCCAUGAAGGACUUGGCGCAGUACGUCAAUGAAGUGAAGAGAGACAAUGAGACAUUGAGGGAAAUUGACCAGUAUCAGAAAUCCAUCGAGAACCUAAACCAGUGCCUGCGAAACUAUGGGCGACCAAAAGGAGAUGGUGAGGUUCGAGUGACAUCGGUGGACAAACGAGCCAAACAGGACAGGCACAUCUUCCUGUUCGAUGCGGCUGUGAUCGUGUGUAAGAGGCGGGGAGAUGUGUAUGAAAUGAAGGAGGUAAUCGACCUCCACAGGUUCAAGAUCACCAACAACCCCACCUCAGAUAAAGAAAACAGAAAGUGGUCCCAUGGAUUCUACCUCACACACAACCAGGGUCAGAAUGGUUUUGAGUUUUUCUUCAAGACCAAAGAGCUAAAGAAGAAAUGGCUGGAACAGUUUGGCAUGGCAAUCUCCAACAUCCACCCGGAGAAUGGCACCAGCAACCUUCAUGAGUUCCACAUGCACACAUUUGACAGGAUCACAGCCUGCAGCUCCUGCAAGAUGCUACUGAGGGGGAUCUUUAACCAGGGCUACCAGUGCAGUAAAUGUGGUGAAGGGGCCCAUAAAGAAUGUCUUGGCAGGGUGGCUAUGUGUGGCAAAGGCAGCACCUCCGAUUCAGGAUCCUUUAGAACACAGGAACGAUCACACAGCCAGCGCACAGAUUCAGGCCUGCCCAAAAUGCUCGCAAUACGUAACUACUAUGGCAUCCCCAGUCCUGUCUGUGGUCCCCCUGUUAACAUGCAGGAGGGCGACAUCAUAGAGCUGAUUCGUGCAGACCUCCACAGCUCCUGGUGGCAGGGGAAGGUGUUGAUGACGAAAGAGGUUGGCUUCUUCCCCAGUGAUGCUGUGAAACCUUUCCCAUGUGCCAAACCUAUUGAUUACUCCCCUCAGCCAUGGUUCGUGGGGCGAAUGCAGCGGAUUCAGGCAGAGGCGGAGCUUGUGAACAGGAAGAACAGCACGUAUCUGGUGCGGCACCGAGGACAAGAGAGUAACGAGUACGCCAUCAGCAUCAAAUACAACAACGAUGUGAAGCACAUCAAGAUCUUAACCAGGGAUGGCUACUUCCAGAUCGCCGAGAACAGGAGGUUCAGAAGCAUCCUGGAGCUGAUUGAGUACUAUAAAAAUCACUCUCUGAAGGAGGGCUUCAGGACUUUGGACACCACCCUGCAGUUUGCCUACAGGGAGCCAGAGAAUGGAGCAACCAUUCCUGCAACAGUUCCAUUUCUCUACGGCCUUUCUUUUGUAACUCCUGCGGGCUACAGCUUUGUUCCUCCCUCCUGCGCCCCCUUCUGGUCAGUGUUAACGCCCAAGGUGAUUGGCGUGGCAAUCGCCCGCUACGACUUCUGCUCCAGGGACACACGGGAGCUUUCUCUGCAGGAGGGGGACAUAGUGAAGAUCUACACCAAGUCUGGCGCCAAUGGCUGGUGGAGGGGAGAGGUCAACGGACGGGUUGGUUGGUUCCCCUCCACAUAUGUGGAGGAAGGAGAGGAGUGACCCCAGCUGCCUGACCAGAAGCUAAAUCCUGGAGUGGAACCUUUGUUUACGGACUGGACUGGACGUGAGCCAGGUGCUGGCCCUGUUUUGAGAGGAGUCUGGGAGCUGGAGAGGGCUCUUUCUCUCUCUCUUCGCCACAUGGCAGAUUGUGCUGGCUCAGACCAGCUCUAGUAGUAUAACCCUGUCAGUCGGCCAACCAGCAGGGACCAGCCCCAAGUCCUCACCCAGAAGCCUCUCCUCAGUUUGGGCCAUGCUUCUAGACUGCUCCCCCUACAAGCCUCGGCACAAUUGGACUGUGUUUGUGUUUGUGUGUGUGUUUGUGUAUGUGUGUAUGGUAAUGUGAAGCAUGGGAGAGAAUAAGAAUCAUGAUAGGUGUGUGUAGGGCUGUGGUGGUGCGUGUGUGGGUGUCUUCUGACCUUGAGUCCCAUGUACCUGCAGCGUUAUUGAUGAUUCUGUUCCCUUUUGCUCUCGGAGGGAUGAUGUGGGAGGUGUGAGCUAUGUUGGGACACCCUCACCUCUCAGUCUCUUCACCCCCUCCCCCUUUCCACUCAGAUAAGAUCACUGUUCUCCCUGUUCUUCCCUCUUCCUUGAACAAAUGCCCCCUUCAAACACACUAACACACACGGACACGCGUACACACACAAACAGAAAACAUGCUGCCAUCUCUGCUGGAUGUGAUUGCUAUCAUUUUCUGUUUCUUUUCUUCACCAUACCACACACACACACACACACACACACACACACACACACACACACACACCUACACUUUUUUCCUCCUUCAGAAAAGCUGCGUGGUUGUUGUCUGUUUGGGUUUGCUUUGUUCUGUUGAUGUUUUUUUCCCUCUCUGUUGUUGCUCCUUAUCUCAGGAGAUGUUCAGUGGCCUGUCAUAACUUGUUUAUCUGAUUUGUGCAUUAGAGAGAGAGAGAGAGAGAGAGAGAGAGAGAGAGAGAGAGAAAGAGAGAGAGAGAGAGAGAGGGAGAGAGAGAGAGAGAGAGAGAGAGAGAGAGUAUUCUGACAGACCCAUAAUAAGCUCCUUCUCAGUCCAGUCCCCAGCAUGACUGGUUCUCACAGUCCAAGCUAGUUGGUCUACCACAACCAGUUCAUCUAUGACCAUCCUUAAACAAUAUAAAACCCUCUAGUAGCCAAGCACUAGUGUUCUCUUCCCAUCUCCAUGUUUGAAUAACAGGUGCAGGUGGGUGUAGUUUGGUGUAGGGUAGUGAUUUAAGGCCAAAACUGGGUUCUCCUUGUGUUCGCCCUGCUAUAAAACCCCUCAGCACAGGAAGCCCUGUAACUAAUGUACCUAAUGAGUUAAAUCAGGGGUGUUAGAGUCCCACAGUGCCCGUAAGCAGCUGCGCAGUGAGCAGUGUUUAAUUACAGCUGCAAAAGGGGAUGAUGAUGUGCACACCAGACUUUCUCAAAGCCUUUGACUUUUCUUCCGUGCAUGGCCGUGUGUUUGCAUUAAAGAUCCUACCACACUGGUCAAACAGAUGGCCACACAUGAAUGUUGGCGGUUGACUUUAGAAUGUUCAGACGAAGAACAGACAGCGAGCAUGGGGUAGAACAGUGCAGAUUUCCCAGCAGUCACGCGCAGAUAUACACAGGUGGGUGUGUUGGUGCUCGGUGCUGUUUGAUUGGUGGGAGAGGUCUCCGUGGGGUAUCGUGGAGUUCAGCGAUUGACCUCCCCGACCCCUGGAACUGACUGAGAAGUGAGCUGCAGAGGGCUUAUGGUGAUAAGCCCAUUUGCUUAGUGAAUCAGACGAACCUUCUUUUCGUCUAGACGGAUGAAGGAAUAUCCUCUUACUCUAAGAAAAAAAAAAAAAAACAUCAGGAGAGCGACAGCUUUGUACUUAAUUCAGCAGGUGAUGCCAAGAUAUAAAGUAUAUACACUGACAACAGCAUCAACAGACUUAUACCUUAAACAGACACACAACAACCAUCUUGAAUAGUAUAACAUGUAACAGCAGUCAGUGACAGUAACUGUCAGUUGCUUAAAAGUGAUAAAUGAUGUUCUCCACCAAAUUAUGGAAAGGUACUGUUUUUUUGCUAAUAUAUUUUUUUCUAUUUGAUAUUACAUUUGUACAAGUUCUCUGUUUUUUCAAGUGUUAGAGAUGAGAAGCAGCUUUUUAAGAGGAAAAUGUAUUUUUAAUCCAUGUGUCAUGAAGAAUUGUAUAGCUGAAGCAGUUUUACAGAUAUUUAUUGAUGUGUAUAAGGACAGGUUGGCUGUGCUAUGGUAGUGAUCUUAUUGUAUUUUCUAAUCUUUCAUUUAGUCCGCAGUUUAGAGCCAUAGCCACUAGAUGGCAGCAGCAUUAAUGGAUGAGUAUCACACGUCCUCUGAUUACCUCCAACCUCUUUUUCUCAUCCAGUCUUUUCCAUUAACCAGGCGGGCUGAUUCUCUUUAAAUACCAACCACUGACUUCAGUCUGUUCCUGUGCAUCUGUAGCAAUACAACGCAGUAGUUUCUUUCUUAUUCAUUUUGUUUUGUUUUUGUUUUUGUUUUGUUUUUUUGUUUUUUUAAAAGGAAAUUAAAGUUUUUACAUUCAAACAAAACACACAAAGCAGUGCAGGUGCAGGCCACACCAGUAGAAUUAUAAAUACGGUUCCUCACUCUCAGCUCUCCGCUCCUCUGAACCUGAUGACUCGGGGGGUAAUUUGGGCACCUUCUCCCUCUGCUGCUGCCAGGUGUAGAAGGGCCGAGCUGCGUCUGAAAUGGGGAGAAGUGGGGAGGGUGGAGGUCAGUACCCUGAGCAGAUUGCAGUUUACCUUUCUCCCUGCUUUGUAUGCUGUUUCCCGUGUCAACACUAUGGCCCUCAAUCCAACAGCAGGUUCCAGCACUGGUUUUCUCGGCUUUCAUUGCGGUAAUCUAUUCUCACCCCACUAAUCUGUCUACACUUCUGUCUUCCAGAGGGACAGAUUCUGGAGGUUUUAACAGGCCUUCAUAACAAUGGUUAGAUAUUAAAAUCCAUCGUAAUCUAUCCACCAUUUCUCCACUUUUCUCUCUCUCUCUCUCUCUCUCUCUCUCUCUCUCUCUCCGCCCCUCUGUCUUCC